CGGCACACAACGCGUAUCUUCUGCUUGCAAUCCUUCUUGCGCAUCCUGUAUCUUCACUCUUGAGGCAUUCGCUUCAAGUCAUUGGAUUCUGUGUUUACAUCUGCAGAAUACCCUUGUGCUGCUGCACCUCGGUUCCUAGCUUCCGAUCCCUGCUUCCAUCAGACUCGACCUGGUUAGCGUAAAGUAGCAGCUCCAGGUCUUUGCCAUUGAAGCCGUCCGGCCUUUUCGUGAUCAAUUUCAGUUUCAUGCUAUAUUGUCAGCCAUGCCUAUGAGCUCGGAGGUCUAAAGGGCACUAGUUCUCGUCUCUCAAGCCAAUGUCAAUCUGAUAAUCUUCUCGUACAAAUUUGCUCUUCCUGUUGCUGGGUUCUCAACAGGAUUGUUCUACUUCUGUUAUUUCUGCGACGUACACCUGCGAAUCUCGGUGUUCCCCUCCAAUCAGUUGACAAAUCUAUUGCCUUGCGAACUUUCAUUACCGCUGUUUCCAGGUACUCUUAGGGUAUUUCCGUCAACACCAGAUUAUGGAGGUUUCGAACCACACAAUAGGUCCGGUAGGGAACAGCACGGGUCAGCUUUCCAGUACCAAGGCACACAAUGCGAAACCUCGUCUUCUUUUGAUGGGACUCCGCAGGAGCGGCAAGUCUUCUAUCGAAAGUGUAGUUUUCCACAAGAUGCCUCCGAAUGAAACUCUCUUCUUAGAGUCGACAACGCGCAUCCAAAAGGAAUCAAUUCACUCGUUUAUGGACUUUCAAGUCUGGGACUUCCCUGGUCAAUUGGAGUACCUUGAACCGUCUUUCGAUCUUGAGGAGAUCUUUGCUGGCCUGGGUGCUCUCGUAUGGGUUAUUGAUGCACAAGACGACUAUAUCGACUCUGUUUCACGUCUUAGCCAAACGACCUUGACCAUUCAGCAGUUUUAUCCGAACAUUAACAUUGAAGUGUUUAUCCACAAGGUCGACGGCCUCUCCGAUGAGUAUCGCACGGACACCUUUCAGGACAUUGUUCAGCAUAUUUCAGAUGAACUGAGCGAUGCUGGGUAUGAAAAUGCCCCGGUUCACUACUAUCUCACCUCUAUCUAUGACUACUCUGUCUUCGAGGCCUUCAGCAAGGUCAUCCAGAAACUUAUCCCAAACCUCUCGACUCUCGAAAACCUAAUCAACACUCUUACAAAUAAUUGCGGGUUCGAAAAGACUUACCUCUUCGAUGUCCUCAGCAAGAUCUACAUCGCAUCUGAUACUCGACCGGUUGAUAUGGCUAGCUACGAGAUGUGCUCCGACUAUAUCGAUGUCAUCGUAGAUGUUUCCGAGUUAUACUCGUGGGACCACCCGGAUCGCAAGCCCAAGGGAGAACAAAUGCUGGAGGCAGAGAGCCAUGUUAUCCUGCACGAUGAGACUAUGAUCCACCUAAUGGAAAUAAACAAGUAUUUAUGCCUUGUUUCUGUGAUCAAAAACCCAGAAGCUAAAGAGAAGAAGGGGUUGAUCGAUAUGAAUUGCAGGACAUUCCAGGAAGCCCUCAACGAGGUGUUCAGCCGCAGUUGGGAAGAAGAACCAGAAGGCCAGGUUAUGGAAGGACAACAGGGUCCUCGCGGUCCAUGAGUUUCCGGGCUGAAAUUGACCUUUUCGCUGGACUGUUACCUGAAAAGGGAUACAUCUUUGUGAGGAAUUCCUUGAUAUCGCGACGAGUUUGGAAUACCAUCCUUCUUCACUUAUAAAUUUUAUUUGAUGAUGAUGGAACACUGAUAUCCUUAUAUAUUCCUUUACUGGACCUUAAUAAAGCAUUGAUUAAAACAUGUGAAAAGGGAAAUCCCUUUAAAAAACUAAGGAAUGGAAGCGCCAGG